CAUCAAUUUCCCCCCAUACUGUGCUGCUAUCUUUUCUGGAGCGAUUUUUUCUCGCCUCAGCGUAGUACAUACCAACCUCUUGUUCCGUCUCUCAUCGUCCUGUCAUUUGUUACUGGGCACUAUUCCUCUACGAACUGCUUCGCGCUACAUAUCACCCUUUACGCAAGCUGCUUUUGGCUCGCAGACGUUUGCCUGGCCUCCACGCCACUUUCUGGCAACUACACCGACGAGUACGUGUCGCACAGUAAACAAAGGCAAUAUGGGGCUUGAUCAAGGACGAUGUCCAGGCGACCGGCAUUCAAAGCGACACACUCCAUCUGCUAGUACCACAGACGCAGACGCGGCAAGUCAAAACACAGAACCCCAACGGAUUGGCUCGGUACACGAAGAAACAGUACCCCUAAAGGGCGUUGAGACAGACACAUCGGGUGUGAACUUCCCUCGAGCAAACUCGGACGACGUGGCAAACCCGUCCAUGAGCUCGUCAGCCAGCACAGCGGCCGUUUCCACACCAGUCUUCCAGUCAAGCAGACUUAAUUCAUCCCCGAGCAAGACCAAACCCAUAGGAGCUGGCUCGUCUCAUACCCUACAAGCGGAACGAAUAUCCACAGAGUCGUCAAAUUCCGGAGCACGACCUGCGGAAAUCAAGGAGUCGAACAACGCCAAAAGAAGUACUGGCAGAUCGAUUCUGAGAAUAAGUUUCCUCAUUGGACCGCCCAUCACCAAAGCCACUCUAUCGGACCUCGACGUGGCGCGCAUUAUACGAAACGCGAAACUGCGCCAUGACAUCAACUUCGACCCCGAUUUGCAUUUUCGACCCAACAUCCUGGGCGAUAGGGGGAAGACAAAGCAGGAGCACUCGCGGGCGUUUUGGAGGACUCUGACAGAACAGCUGAACAUGUUUGUCGACGAGAACAGACGGUCCGAGUUUAUGGAGCGCUAUGCGCACAGCGAUGAGUGGUGUCUGCCCCUGCUCUUGCAGACCAUCAAGGAGAUUGUGGAGACGCUCGUGCCGGGGCAAGACCGCAGUCUCAUGGAGGAGGCACUGAAUGUAAACUUGCUGAUGCAGCAAUUCUACAAAGGCAUGCUGAAUCUGGAAGGAAUGGCCGAGUGGUUAUCAGGUGUGCUUAAGACGCAUUGUGCCCCCAUGCGUGACGGGGAGGUUAACAACAUGUUGGCACGUUUCCGCAUUGGAAGUCGCGAAGGCAACGUGGAACAACUGGUCAUGGGUAUGUGCGAGCUUUUGAGUGUGCUCGAGCAUAUGAAACUGGACUUGGCCAACCACUAUCUUCGCUGGAUGCGGCCUGCUUUCAUCACGGAGACGGUUCAUUACGAGCAGCGCAGAGUCAGCAAGGAGAUUGCAACAUGCAGGCUGGACAUAGGACGGUCAAAGUUAUGGUAUCGUCGCGCACAGCUCAAGUACGCCCAUGAGUCCACUAAAGGCUUUGGCGACAUGUCCAUCUUUUUCCGUGCCGUUGCGCGCCUCGUGCGACCUUCUCGCGCGCAGGAAGAAGAUGCGAUUCCGCCCGAAACCUUCCACUACGACAAGGACAGGCUGCUACGCAUUCGCAAUGACGUUCUCGACGCUGUGAACAUUGUCAUCUGCAUGCGUGUCUACGAACACGUCCUACGCAUUCUCGGCAAGCGCCAAGGCGAGACGGAGACAAACAACUUGUACGUAUCCUUGGUCGCCAUCCUCCAGUCGACGUCCGCCACUAUCGAUCAAGCCAAGCGCUGGGCGGAGGCUGUCCCUCACAUGGCCGUUGAGAUCUUCCGCCAUGCUAAAGCCCCAUCCUAUAUGCUCGCCAUGGUCGAGUCCGCACUUGGCGAAGUCCUUUCUAACCCCCACGACGAACUCUUCGUAGACGUGGAAGCCGACUAUCACCGGCGUCUUUUAAAGGACCUCUGCAACCGCGUUCGGGAAUACAAUGGGAUGGCUGCCACACGGCAAGUCGUCGAUCAAUUGUAG